AUGAGUGUGGUUGGUUUUGAUUUGGGUAAUGAGAACUGCCUUGUUGCUGUUGCCAGACAGAGAGGGAUAGAUGUUGUGCUUAACGAUGAAUCGAAGCGUGAGACUCCUGCUAUUGUAUGUUUUGGUGACAAGCAGCGGUUCAUUGGUACUGCAGGGGCUGCCUCGACUAUGAUGAAUCCCAAAAAUUCUAUUUCCCAGAUUAAGCGGUUAAUUGGCCGCCCAUUUUCUGAUCCCGAAUUGCAAAGGGAUCUGAAGUCAUUGCCUUUUACUGUCAGUGAAGGUCCUGAUGGAUUUCCUUUAAUUCAUGCACGGUAUUUGGGUGAGAUGAGGACAUUCACACCUACCCAAGUCUUGGGAAUGGUGUUGUCUGAUUUGAAAAUCAUAGCUGAGAAAAAUCUGAAUGCUGCAGUGGUGGAUUGCUGCAUUGGUAUUCCUGUAUAUUUCAAUGAUCUUCAAAGGAGGGCUGUUUUGGAUGCAGCUACAAUUGCUGGAUUGCAUCCUCUCCGUUUGAUGCAUGAGACCACAGCUACAGCUCUGGCUUAUGGUAUUUAUAAGACCGAUUUGCCUGAGAAUGACCAGUUGAAUGUUGCUUUUGUUGAUGUUGGACAUGCAAGCAUGCAAGUGUGCAUUGCUGGAUUUAAGAAAGGUCAGCUUAAGAUCUUGGCUCAUUCAUUUGAUCGGUGCUUGGGUGGUAGAGAUUUUGAUGAAGCUUUGUUCCAACACUUUGCCUCCAAGUUCAAGGCAGAGUAUCACAUUGAUGUUUUUCAGAAUGCGAGAGCGUGCCUUAGGCUUAGGGCUGCUUGUGAGAAGCUGAAGAAGGUUCUUAGUGCCAACCCUGAGGCUCCUCUUAAUAUUGAAUGCUUAAUGGACGAGAAGGAUGUUAGAGGCUUCAUUAAGAGGGAAGAGUUUGAACAAAUUAGUAUUCCGAUAUUGGAACGUGUAAAGAGGCCUUUGGAGAAGGCACUUAAUGAUGCUGGACUUGCUGUUGAGAAUGUUCAUACCGUUGAAGUGGUUGGCUCUGCUUCUCGUGUACCUGCCAUGAUGAAGAUUUUGACUGAGUUCUUUGGAAAGGAGCCUAGGCGUACAAUGAAUGCCAGUGAGUGUGUCUCCAGAGGCUGUGCAUUGGAGUGUGCUAUUCUGAGUCCCACUUUCAAAGUGCGCGAGUUCCAGGUCCAUGAAUACUUCCCAUUUUCAAUUGCUGUAUCAUGGAAAGGUGCGGCUCCAGAUUCUCAGAAUGGAACAGCAGAUAAUCAACAAUGCACUAUUGUCUUCCCCAAGGGAAAUCCCAUUCCUAGUAUCAAGGCUUUGACAUUCUAUAGGUCAGGGACGUUCUCCAUUGAUGUACAAUAUACUGAUGUCAGUGAAUUGCAGGCGUCAGUUAAGAUCAGCACUUACACGAUUGGUCCUUUCCAAUCUACAAAAAGCGAACGUGCAAAAGUGAAGGUGAAAGUCCGCUUGAAUCUGCAUGGGAUUGUGUCUGUUGAAUCAGCAACACUUUUGGAGGAAGAAGAGGUUGAAGUUCCUGUCACAAAAGAGCCAGCAAAGGAACCUGCCAAGAUGGAUACCGAUGAAGUUCCCAGUGAGGCUGCCACCACUGGCCCUAAUGAAGCAGAUGCCAAUAUGGAUGAUGCAAAAGCAGGCGCUGAUGCUUCUGGGGUUGAAAAUGGAGUUCCUGAGUCGGACAAGCCAACGCAAAUGGAAACUGAUACCAAGGUCAGCUCCCAAGAAAAAGUAAAGAAAACGAACAUCCCUGUGUCAGAGGUGGUUUAUGGUGGAAUGCUGGCAACAGAAGUGCAAAAAUUACUAGAAAAAGAAUUCGAAAUGGCAUUGCAAGACCGAGUUAUGGAGGAAACUAAAGAAAAGAAAAAUGCUGUCGAAUCUUAUGUCUACGACAUGAGGAAUAAGUUAAGUGACAAAUACCAGGACUUUGUCACUGACCCAGAGAGGGAGGGAUUCACAGCCACACUGCAGGAGACAGAGGAUUGGUUGUAUGAAGAUGGUGAAGAUGAAACCAAAGGUGUCUACAUUGCCAAGCUUGAGGAACUCAAGAAACAAGGUGAUCCUAUUGAAGAGCGGUACAAGGAGUACACUGAGAGGGGAUCUGUGAUCGACCAACUUGUUUAUUGUGUUAAUAGUUAUAGAGAGGCAGCAAUGUCUAAUGAUUCUAAAUUUGAUCACAUUGAUUUGGCUGAAAAACAGAAGGUCUUGAAUGAGUGUGUUGAAGCUGAAGCCUGGUUAAGAGAGAAGAAGCAACAACAGGAUUCGCUUCCCAAAUAUGCCACUCCAGUUCUUCUGUCAGCUGAUGUGAGAAAGAAGGCCGAGGCACUUGAUAGGUUUUGCAGGCCUAUAAUGACGAAACCCAAACCAGCCAAACCAGCCACUCCUGAGACACCAGCAACUCCACCACCUCAGGGUAGUGAGCAGCAACAGCAGGGAGGAGAUGCGAAUGCAGAUCCUAAUGCUAAUGCCGGUGCCAAUGAGACUGCAGGAACUGCCAGUGGUGAGGUGCCACCUGCUUCUGGAGAACCAAUGGAGACUGACAAGUCGGAGACUGCAUAA